AUGCCGCCCAAGAGGCGCGGAGCACCCGCCAGCUCCUCCACCACCACCGCCCCGAGGCGCACGCGCUCCAAGCUCGCAAAAGAGAACGACAUCACCGCCGAAGAAGAAAACGAAAUUAAAGAAGUCUUCCAACUCUUCGCCGAUGCGAACGAGGAUUUCCCCGCCGAAAAAGACGGCGUCCUGCCGCGUGAGGACGUCCGCAAAGCCAUGGUAGCCCUCGGCGUCCCACCCACCGACUCCCCCGAACUCGCCGACAUCCUCUCCGCCAUCGACCCAACCUCCACCGGCUACGUCCCCUACAACGCCUUUGUCUCCGCCGUCGCAGCCAAGCUGCGCUCACAAGAUGAUGAUGCCCGAGCCGCGGAGGUCGACACUGCAUACCAGCUAUUCACGCGGGGUUCAAACGGGCCGAUCUCCUUGAGCCAUUUGCGCCGCAUUACCCGGGAUCUGAAGGAGGAUUCUGUCGAUGAUAAUUUGCUCAAGGAUAUGAUUCUCGAGGCGAAUGGGGGUGCUGGGUUGAGUUCUGGUGUGACGCUGGAACAGUUUCAUGAUGUUAUGGUUCGGGCGGGUGUUUUCAAGGUGUGA